CCUAGUGUUGCAUGAUGGGAGAAAUAGUCAGCUUUCCGGGAACGGUGCUCGGAACUUCUUUCAGAGCUCCACUUUCCGGUGUGCGUUGUAGUGGCUGCUCGACCCAGAGGCUGGAGGCCGGUUCCGGUUGCAUCAGCGUGGGGUACAGGCCGAAAUGAGACUGUUUGUGAGCGAGGGCGCACCGGGGGCCUUGCCCGUGCUGGCCGCGGCCAGCCGGGCCCGGGAAAGAGCGGAGCUGCUUAUCAGCACUGUCGGCCCUGAAGAGUGUGUAGUCCCAUUCCUGUCUGGGCCUAAGAUCCCUGUCUUGCAGCUGGAUAGUGGCAACUACCUCUUCUCCACCAGUGCAAUCUGCAGAUACUUCUUUCUGUUAUCUGGCUGGGAGCAAGAUGACCUCACCAACCAGUGGCUGGAAUGGGAAGCAGUGGAGCUGCAGCCAGUUUUGUCUGCUGCCCUAUACUAUUUAGUCAUUCAAGGCAAGAAGGGGGAAGAUGUUCUUUGCCCCGUCCGGAAAGCCUUGACUCACAUUGACCACAGCCUGAGUCGUCAGAGCUGUCCUUUUCUGACUGGGGAGACAGAAUCAUUAGCUGACAUUGUUUUGUGGGGAGCACUAUAUCCGUUACUCCAAGACCCAGCCUACCUUCCUGAAGAGCUGGGUGCCCUGUGCAGCUGGUUCCAGAUGCUGAGCACCCAGGAACCAUGUCAGCAAGCUGCAGAGACAGUGCUGAAGCAGCAGGGUGCCCUGGCCCUCCGGCCCUACCUCCAGAAACAGCCCCAGCCCAGGCCUCGUGAGGGGAAGUCUGUCAGCAAUGAACCUGAGGAAGAAGAACUGACUACCCUGUCUGAGGAGGAGAUCGCCAUGGCUGUCACUGCUUGGGAGAAGGGCCUGGGAGGCUUACCCCCACUUCGGCCCCAGAAAAAUCCAGUGUUGCCUGUGGCAGGGGAGAAGAAUGUACUCAUCACCAGUGCCCUCCCUUAUGUCAACAAUGUCCCCCACCUUGGAAACAUCAUUGGUUGUGUGCUCAGUGCAGAUGUCUUUGCCAGGUACUCACGCCUCCGUCAGUGGAACACCCUCUAUCUGUGUGGGACAGAUGAGUAUGGUACAGCGACAGAGACCAAGGCUAUGGAGGAGGGUCUAACCCCCCAGGAGAUCUGCGACAAGUACCAUGUCAUCCAUGCCGAUAUCUACCGCUGGUUCAAUAUCUCGUUUGAUAUUUUUGGUCGCACCACCACUCAACAGCAGACCGAAAUCACCCAGGACAUCUUCCAGCGGUUGUUGGCACGAGGUUUUGUGCUGCAAGAUACUGUGGAGCAACUGCGAUGUGAGCAUUGUGCCCGCUUCCUAGCUGACCGUUUUGUGGAGGGCGUGUGUCCCUUCUGUGGCUAUGAGGAGGCCCGGGGUGACCAGUGUGACAAGUGUGGCAAGCUCAUCAAUGCCAUUGAGCUCAAGAAGCCUCAGUGUAAAGUCUGCCGAUCACCCCCUGUGGUGAAAUCCUCCCAACAUCUAUUUCUGGACCUGCCUAAGCUGGAAAAUCUACUGGAGACGUGGUUGGAGAAGGUGCUGGCUAGUAGUGACUGGACACCCAAUGCCCGGUUCAUCAUUCGUUCUUGGCUUCGGGAUGGCCUCAAGCCACGCUGUAUAACACGGGACCUCAAGUGGGGAACCCCUGUGCCCUUAGAAGGUUUUGAGGACAAGGUAUUCUAUGUCUGGUUUGAUGCCACUAUUGGCUACCUAUCUAUCACAGCCAACUACACAGACCAGUGGGAGAGAUGGUGGAAGAACCCAGAGCAGGUGGACCUAUAUCAGUUCAUGGCCAAGGACAAUGUUCCCUUCCACGGCUUAGUUUUUCCUUGUUCAGCCCUAGGAACUGAGGACAACUACACCUUGGUCAGCCACCUAAUUGCUACAGAGUACCUGAACUACGAGGAUGGGAAAUUCUCUAAGAGCCGGGGUGUUGGAGUGUUUGGAGACAUGGCCCAAGACACAGGGAUCCCUGCUGACAUCUGGCGCUUCUACCUGCUAUACAUUCGACCUGAAGGCCAGGACAGUGCCUUCUCCUGGACGGACAUGCUGCUCAAGAAUAAUUCUGAGCUGCUUAACAACCUGGGCAACUUCAUCAACAGAGCUGGGAUGUUUGUGUCUAAGUUUUUUGGGGGCUAUGUGCCAGAGAUGGUGCUUACCUUGGAUGAUCAGCGCCUGCUGGCCCAUGUCACCCUGGAGCUUCAGCACUAUCACCAGCUGCUAGAGAAGGUUCGGAUCCGGGAUGCCUUACGCAGUAUUCUUACCAUAUCUCGCCAUGGCAACCAGUACAUUCAGGUGAAUGAGCCCUGGAAGUGGAUUAAAGGCAGCGAGGCUGACAGGCAGCGGGCAGGUACAGUGACAGGCUUGGCAGUGAAUAUAGCUGCCUUGCUGUCUGUCAUGCUCCAGCCUUACAUGCCUACGGUUAGCGCCACCAUCCAGGACCAGCUGCAGCUCCCACCUCCAGCCUGCAGUGUCCUGCCCACAAACUUCCUAUGUACCUUACCAGCAGGACACCAGAUUGGCACAGUCAGUCCCUUGUUCCAAAAAUUGGAAAAUGACCAGAUUGAAAGUUUAAGGCAGCGCUUUGGAGGGGGCCAGCUACAAGAGUCCUUGGAAUUAAAGGUAAUUGCUUUCUCCCUGAGAUGUUGUAUAAAACUGGAAGUUGGGGGAUAUUUAUGGCAGGGGGGUGAUAACUCUCUUGUUCAUCUCCAGGCAAAAGCUUCCCCCAAGCCAGCAGUUGUAGAGACUGUUAUAACAGUUGGGCCACAGCAGAUACAGGUACUGAUGGAUGAAGUGACAAAACAGGGCAACAUUGUCCGAGAACUGAAAGCACAAAAGGCAGACAACAACCAGGUGGCUGCAGAGGUGGCUAAACUCUUGGAGCUAAAGAAGCAGUUGGCUCUAGCUGAGGGGAAACCCCUUGAUCCUCCUAAAGGCAAGAAGAAAAAGUGAAAGAGAACAUGGGUCACAAAAAGUCAUUUUAAUGGAUAUGGGCAGUAAUAAAUAAAUGUACAAUCUCUAUAUACAAA